GCGGAACGGGCGGCAGCGGAGCGGACGCACGCCCCCGGCCGCCCCCGCCUCGGCCCUCGGAAGUGACGCAGCGCGCCCCGCCCCCGCCGCUAGAUCCGCUGCUGCUGCCGCGGCGGGCGGACUUGCAGGAGGUAGCGGCGGCGGCGGCCGAGGCCGAGGGAAGAUGGCGGACGGUGUGGACCACAUAGACAUUUACGCGGAUGUGGGCGAAGAGUUCAACCAGGAAGCUGAAUAUGGUGGGCAUGAUCAGAUAGAUUUGUAUGAUGAUGUCAUCUCUCCAUCUGCAAAUAAUGGAGAUGCCCCAGAAGAUCGGGAUUACAUGGAUACUCUCCCACCAACUGUUGGUGAUGAUGUGGGUAAAGGAGCAGCACCAAAUGUUGUCUAUACGUAUACUGGAAAGAGAAUUGCAUUAUAUAUUGGAAAUCUAACAUGGUGGACAACAGAUGAAGACUUAACUGAAGCAGUUCAUUCUUUGGGAGUAAAUGAUAUUUUGGAGAUAAAAUUUUUUGAAAAUCGGGCAAAUGGCCAGUCAAAGGGGUUUGCCCUUGUUGGUGUUGGAUCUGAAGCAUCCUCAAAAAAGUUAAUGGAUCUGUUGCCUAAAAGAGAACUUCAUGGUCAGAAUCCUGUUGUAACUCCAUGCAAUAAACAGUUCCUGAGUCAAUUUGAAAUGCAGUCCAGGAAAACUACACAGUCAGGACAAAUGUCUGGGGAAGGUAAAGCUGGUCCUCCGGGAGGCAGUUCACGUGCAGCCUUUCCACAAGGUGGUAGAGGACGGGCCCGUUUUCCAGGGGCUGUUCCUGGUGGGGACAGAUUUCCUGGGCCAGCAGGACCAGGAGGGCCACCUCCACCUUUUCCAGGAAAUUUGAUCAAGCAUCUUGUUAAAGGAACUCGGCCUUUGUUCCUGGAAACUAGGAUUCCAUGGCAUAUGGGGCACAGCAUAGAGGAAAUACCCAUUUUUGGCCUAAAAGCUGGACAGACUCCACCACGUCCACCCUUAGGUCCUCCAGGACCACCCGGUCCACCAGGUCCUCCACCUCCUGGUCAGGUUCUGCCUCCUCCUUUAGCUGGGCCUCCUAAUCGAGGAGAUCGCCCUCCACCACCAGUUCUUUUUCCUGGACAACCUUUUGGGCAGCCUCCAUUGGGUCCGCUUCCUCCUGGUCCUCCACCUCCAGUUCCAGGCUACGGCCCCCCUCCUGGUCCACCACCUCCACAACAAGGACCACCUCCACCUCCAGGCCCCUUUCCACCUCGCCCACCUGGCCCUCUUGGGCCACCCCUUACACUCGCUCCUCCGCCGCAUCUUCCUGGACCACCUCCAGGUGCCCCACCACCAGCUCCACAUGUGAACCCCGCUUUCUUUCCUCCACCAACUAACAGCGGCAUGCCUACAUCAGAUAGCCGGGGUCCACCACCAACGGACCCAUAUGGCCGGCCUCCACCAUAUGAUAGGGGUGACUAUGGGCCUCCUGGAAGGGAAAUGGAUACUGCAAGAACACCAUUGAGUGAAGCUGAGUUUGAAGAAAUCAUGAAUAGAAACAGGGCAAUCUCAAGCAGUGCUAUUUCAAGAGCUGUGUCUGAUGCCAGUGCUGGUGAUUAUGGGAGUGCUAUUGAGACAUUGGUAACUGCAAUUUCUUUAAUUAAACAAUCCAAAGUAUCUGCUGAUGAUCGUUGCAAAGUUCUUAUUAGCUCUUUGCAAGAUUGCCUUCAUGGAAUUGAAUCCAAGUCUUACGGUUCUGGAUCAAGAAGACGUGAACGAUCAAGAGAAAGGGAUCAUAGUAGAUCACGAGAAAAGAGUCGGCGUCAUAAAUCCCGCAGUAGAGAUCGUCAUGAUGAUUAUUACAGAGAGAGAAGCAGAGAACGAGAGAGACACCGGGACCGGGACCGGGACCGUGAUCGAGAGCGCGACCGAGAGCGCGAGUAUCGUCAUCGUUAGAAGCUGAAGGAAGAGGAACACCUUCCAAGACAAAACAGUCUUCAUGGGGGAAAAAUGACGCUUGUCCAGCAGUUUGCUUCUUGUGAUUGAACUGAACCUGUAAGGAUUCAUGGAUAAAAUGAACAGGAAUAGAUCUGAAUAAAGCAAAUCUGCAUAAAUGGUAACCAGUAGCUCUACUUUUAUUUUUUAUGUUGCUUACCUGUUUUAUUUGAAGGAAACCUGUGUGAUUUAAAAAGUUAUAGCUUUUGCAACUUUAUUACUGGUUAUAUACAUUUAGCCAUUACAAUGUGCAAGCAAUUGGAGAAAAACGUCAAGUAAAUGCUUGUUUUAUAGUAGUUUGUUCUUGUUAAAAAUGUUCAUAUGAUAAUGUCUGUAAACAGCACCACUUUGAUUACAAUAGAUGUAGUGUUGUAAUAAACUGUUUAAUGGGGCUGAUGUGUAAAGCUGUUCAAGUUAUUUGAUGUUUACACCUCAGGGAAAGUCUUGUGUUCAGCAAUAUCUAAAGAUAAUGUUAACUAUGACAUUUAUACUGUCCUUUAAAAAAACAUUGCAAUAGCAUUUUUGGAUAUGCAUCAAUCUAAUCUUGCGUUCAGUGAAUUAAACAUACUAAUUAAGUGUCUCUUGCCCUUGAUUUUGAUAUUAGAAUAGGUGAUUACAUGGGUAUUUAAUAUUUCUAUAUUCUGCUUUUCUAGCUGUUUUUACCUAGUUAAGCUUGUGACUUUGCUGAAUGGUAUGUAAACUUGUAAAAACUGAAAUUUCACAACAUAGCAAUCCAGUCAUUGUGUUAGGGGUCAACAAAGAUUUUGUGGUUUUAACAUUUUAGUAAAAACCCACACGUGAUUUGCUACAGUAAUGAAGCUUAAUUACCACACAGAUGUACUGAAACGCUUAAUUGUAAACUGCUAGCAUUGAAGAAAUAUUUUGACAGUUCUGAUUUGAUGCGGCAGUUAUUUGCUAUUUUAUAUUGAUAGUGCUUAUGGUUUAUUUUUGAAGCCAUGGGCAAUGUAAAUAUAGGCAGCCGUGCAGCAGACAAAUGUGAGUAAAGAAAGCCUUAGUUUUAUUUUCCAGUUACAGGAAAUAGAUUUCUGAAGGUUGUGAUGUUUAUUAACAUUGGGUUGUAUUCUCCUAUAUGUGUAAUAGGAGAUUAUAGGUGUACCUAUCUCCACAGUUUAAGGAGUUCUGUGUAUUCAUGCAACCUAUUAAUUCAUGCUGAAGUUACCUAAUCAAAGAUUUUUUUCAAACCUGCCUUGCAUAUAAGCCCACAUUAAAAGCACCUGGCUAGCAUGUGUUCUUAAUUGUAAAAUUAGCAUAGGCAGAGUGUCAAUUUGAUUAGACAUUUUUAUAGAAAGUUCAUUUGAAUCAUUACUUCAGGAAUUUGAGUUAAAAUCCUUAAGCAAGUUAAUUUGUUUUUAAUGUUUUAAAAAUCUGAUUAUCUUUGAGAGCUCUUCUGACAAUACACUUUCUUUUUUUUUUUUUUUUUUUUUUUUAACGUAUAGCCAAAUUUUAGGACGUUGCUUAUUUAGGCACCCUAAAUAUUAUGUAAGUGCAACCUUAGAAGCCCUUCAGAGAACUGCAGUUCUUUACUUUCACGUUGUCCACCAUCAUACCAGUUCCUGCAGAAUUAGCUGUUUUAAAUUAUCCAUAUUAUUGCCAGCUUUAUUUUAAAACAUUUUGUGGUUAGAGUAUUUGUGCAUGGAAUCAUUGGUGUUUAUCAGAACUGUUUGCUCUCAGAAAUGAUUUUUUAAGUGUUCUAUCUUGUUGAAAAUGCAGUUGCCUUUUUAACAUUUGGGAGUUGUAUCAAAAUCCGUUUUCUUUGUGUAUAGAUGUUGUUAGUUUUUGUUAUUUCUUAGAUUUUUUUUAUAUUACAAUGCUGUAAUGCGAAGAAGUAUGGACAUAAAUAUAUUACAAGGGAAUUAGUUAAUAGUAAGCUUAAAAGGUAAGUAAAUGUCCAUGAGGAUACAAUUUUCUCUGAACAAUUUAAAAAUGGAAUCAUAAAAAUCUUAACCGUGCUUGAACUUGAAAUGAAAGCUGGAAAUUUUGUACUAAUUAAAUCCUUCAUUUACCUUUUCUUUCUUUUUUUUUUUUUUUUUUAAUCAGUGGAACCCUUUAAUUGCUCAUACUAUAUCAUUCUUCUCCCUACUUGGCUGAUCUCAUUACAUGACUUUUGUUGCAGACAAUGUGAGUGUACUAGAAUUGUUUGCUGUUAGUCUAUUAUAAGUUAUCAGAAGGGAAUAACUUUUUGAUUUGAUGAAUUUUUGCAAAGUCUCUAUCUGAUACAUGAAUAUAUGGCAGUGAAGGUGAAAAUGCAAGCUAUGUUUUAUUCUUCAUAUCCCUUUUUUUUUAAUGGGCUGAUGUUAUUUGAAAAAAAAUUUUUUAAAUGUUUAAAAACAAUCCAAAGAGAUAAAUCUCUACAUAGACACCAAAAAAAAAAAAAAAGAGUCCCAGAGAUCUUUUCAUUUCUUCUUAAUAAUAAUUAUAGUGGAUAUGAAAACAAAACUGAAUUUAAUUUUAAACCAUAGCACUUGUUAGUGCUAUGCCAUCACAUUCCUUUCAGCCAGUGAAGUUAUGAAUGAGUGAUGCAGCACCUGAAUGGUAUUGCUUUUGAAGCAGUACUUUGAAUUGAAUGUGCUUCUUUUGGUUAAUGGACAUAGGUUUUGGAAAGGAUAUUCCAGUAUAAAUUUAUAAGUGUUUAUUUUGUCAAUUUUUAUAAGCAAGAUUUGGAGUAAGUUACAGUGGCUAGUGAUCAUAGUUUAGCCAUUUACCUAGAAUAUUCUUAAGCAGUUAACUACAGUUUGCAGUUCACAAAAAACUUAUGGAUUGUAGCUUAAGGUAUUACUUUCAGUUAAUUCUCCUGUGGAGAAUAUUGCUUUGUUUUCUACUAGUUUAAGGUCCGUUCUUAAAAUAAACAUGGAGAUUUUAAUGAAUGUUGUAUAACAUUUUAUAGUGAGGGGGGAAAAAUUGUUGGAAGGGUAAAGACUUUCUUUCCCUUAUGUAUUUAAAUGUGCCAAUAACCUAAAUACAUACUGUUUUAUACAAUGAGAUGCUACUACAAGACUUUCUGUUGGCAUGCUCUUGACAUUUUGGUUUUCAUACCUGAAUAAUCAUUGCGUUUUCUGUAUCUUGUAAAAUGGCUUCACUUUUGUGUUUUAAGCUUCAGCUUGUUAUUUUAAGAGGAAGUUUAUGUUCUAUUUCUUUACUGAGAAUACAGUAUUGAGAUCCUAGCUGUUUUACAGAUAACUGCCUUUUAAAUUUUAUUCAUUAAGUUCAUUUGCAUCCCAUAGCCAUCUGUAAUAUUUCCCGUAGUUGUAUGUACUUUAAGUGCACGCUUACCCAUUGUACACAUUAGACAUUUUUGUGCUAAAAUAUAUUAAGUGGGAUUUUUGUAGCAAAGCAUUUUUCUGUUUUUACAGUGUGUGUGUGUUGUUUUUUAUGUUAACCUUCAGUUUAAACACUGGUGUAUUUUAUUUUUUAGCAACUUGACUCUUAGAAGCCUUAGACUAAUUUUUUAAUAAAUAUUCAACCAAAAAUUAUAAAUAUAUUAAGAUGUGGCCUUACAUAUAGCAUUCCCUGUGUUUGUAAUAUGAGAUUUUUGAUUUAGAGAACUCAAAAGAUUGAGGAUUAAAGUAUCUUAUUGUAAGUUGAAAUAGAAAAUGUGUUAAAAUGUCUAGGCUUCUGGGAGGAAGUUCUUAUACUCUUCUUUCUUGGUAUUAGAAAGAAGCAAUAUGAAUUUCUAUGAAUAUUCAAAAUAUUCAGGCAGUUGUAUCUUGUUCAGAUUGAUUUAGGUUUGUCUUAACCAAUUUCUUUAAAAUUUCAGGUUGUUGGCAUUCACUCUGAGUAUGCAGCUACUAUGGUUUUUGUAUGGGACAUAUAAACACUUCGUUAGGUAUAGACAGAUUUUAAUGUUUUAAAGACUUCCUGCUAUAUUAAUUAGCAUAUUGUAAUGGGAGUUUUUUAAAAUAUUAGGUGGAGUUUAAUUGAAGUCACACAAAUCUUGAAGUGGUAUCUGCAGAUAAUAAAUACUAUGGAGAGUUUUUCCUGUGGGAGUAUCCUAAAACUCCGCCAUGGGUGUAAAUGUUUUACAUUAAUUUCAUAAUUGGACAGACCCUGCAUUUAGUGAAAACAUUUCAUUUUGAGGAUGUGUUCUUUUUGUCUCAUUGUUACUGCGUAACACUUCUCAGCAUUCUGUAAGUUAAAUUAUUUUAAAAUGGUGAAUUCAUGUUUAUUUUUUUACUUUGAAAAUUGUAGUACUCAGGUGGUAUUUAAUGGGAAAGGAUCCUUUGGGGUAAAUCAUAAUGUAUUCUAAGGAAUGCAUCUAUAACAUUGACUUUAGCCUUAAAGAAAGGUCUAUUAUUCCUUCUUCCUCUUCAUUCCAUGGUAUAUUAGCAAAGUAGUUUACAGCCUUGUACAGCCUUACAAAGUUGUUUUACAAUUUUUAAUUGAAAGCCCUUAACAAAAAACUGUAUCAUAUUACCAGUAUACAUGCAUUACUGAACCAUGGUUUGUAAAUAAUUUGACUAAUACCAGAAGACCAAAGAAAGUCUUAAAAUUUUAGCUAUUGACUCUAUGGUGACUUCACAAUAAGAUUUCUGUGCAAAAGGUAAGGUGAUAUUUGAUCAAAUAAACAUCUUUUUGGUGUCCCUGAGAACUAGACUUCCAUAUUAGCUUCUAUUAAAAAGCUCAUCCCAUUUUAUUAAAAUGUUUGUAAUUGCAAUUUUGUGUUUAAUGUUUACUUUCUGUCUUUUCUUUCUUUAGCAUUUAGGUGACUGUUCAGCAGUUUGCUAUAUGGCCAUUGUUGGCCUUUAAACUGCACUAGUAAUGAGCAUGGUAUUUAUCUUGUAUUGAAAAUAAAACACAGUUUUUAUAAUACUU